AGCUACCCCGCCAGCCCGCCAAAGCUAGGUUACCUUCGUCAUAAGGGUUUCGCCCAUUCUUUAUCAAGCAUUGUUUUCUUGCAUUUGAAGUUCCGGGUCUCAAAUUCAGCAUAUACUCACGCAAAGUGUUAUUUCGCAUUAGCGUCGCAAGAAAUGGAUCAGAAAGCAGAUGAUAUUCUGCGACGGCCCCUCUAUGUAUAUGACCUACCCGAUCAAGUCCUCAACAGCCUCUCCUUAAAACGAGAUGCCGCCAUCGAAGCUACAGACACGACCAAAGAAUCGACCAAGUCCCUAGCACAAUCACCAACCCAAGAUGCGGCGACGUCUGGCAGCUCGUCGCCCGUAGUAGGCUCGCAGUCGUGCUCGUUAUGCGCCCUCUCCUUCGCCACCGUGCAAGACCAACGCAGCCACCUCAAGUCCGACCUACACCACUACAACCUCAAACAGAAGCUGCGCGGGAGGAGUCCCGUCUCCGAAACCGAAUUCGAGAAGCUGAUCGCGGAUCUCGACGAGAGUCUCUCGGGCUCCGACUCGACAGACUCCGAUGACGAAGACGAGGAUAACGGCGGUGAUAAGGAGAGCAACCUCCUGACCACCCUCUUGAAAAAGCAAGCUUCGCUUUCGGGAGGGAAUUACAAUGGCGCCGCGACGGCCGACCAAGGAGACGACGAAGAGGGAAGUUCGAGAAAGAAACAAAGGGGAGGCGGCGCGCAGCCUCUACUAUGGUUCAGCUCACCUCUCCUACCUCAGAACACGUAUUUCGGCAUCUACCGUGCCAUAUUCUCGCCAGCAGAAUCCAGGGACGAGAAUACAAUUGUCGACACGAUUAAGAAGAAGCAACAAGAAGCCAUACCCGUGCCCAAAGCAGGGCCGGACGGCAACUUCCCGCCCUCCGUCUACAAAGGCCCGCACAUCUUCCUAUGCAUGAUCGGUGGCGGCCACUUCGCAGCGAUGAUCGUGUCGCUGGCGCCGCGGCAAACGAAACACGGAUCCGUGGGUCCUUUGAAUAGAGAGGCGACGGUAUUAGCGCACAAGACAUUCCACAGAUAUACCACGAGGAGGAAGCAAGGUGGCUCGCAAUCAGCCAACGACAACGCGAAGGGUAACGCUCACUCGGCCGGUUCCAGUAUCCGCCGAUAUAACGAGCAAGCCCUGACAGACGAAGUUCGACUACUUCUACAAGAUUGGAAGGGUCUUCUGGACACGGCAGAGCUGCUAUUUAUUCGGGCGACGGGAUCGACAAACCGGAGAACGCUCUUCGGCCCCUACGAAGGCCAAGUCUUGCGAGCCAACGACCCGCGCCUACGGGGCUUCCCGUUUAGCACGCGAAGGGCAACCCAAAACGAGUUGAUGCGGUCCUUCAUCGAGUUGACGCGGUUAAAAGUCCGCGAAAUAGAUCCAACUCAGGUCUUGAAAGAAGAGGAGCCGCCGUCUACGAAGGCGUCAUCAAAACCAGCGAAGCCGAGCGCGCCCAAGUUAACAGAGGAGGAAGAGACGGCGCUAUUGCACACAUCACAAUUACAGGCUUUUAUCCGGAGAUCUAAACUGCCCGCUCUACUAUCAUACUUGAAAAAUAACGACGUACCCGCCAAUUUCCUCUUCCAGCCGGCAGACUCGUCCCAGAACUACCACGCACCAACUCCCCUACAUCUAGCAGCGAACCAGAACUCGGCGCCCCUCGUGCUCGGACUCCUAGUCAAAGCAGCCGCAGACCCGACAAUCAAGAACGGCGAAGGCAAGACUGCCUUCGAGCUCGCGGGCGAUCGGUCGACGAGGGACGCUUUCCGGGUCGCGCGGCACGAGCUCGGCGAGACGCGAUGGGACUGGGAGGCGGCGCGGGUGCCUCCCGCGAUGACCAAAGAAGAAGCGGACAGGCGCGAGGCGCGCGAGCGCCAGGAGGACGAGAGGAAAGAGGCGGAGCGGCGCAGAGCCGAGGAGCAACGGCUUAAGAGCGAAGGGCCCAAGGUUCCUGAUAGUGACGGUAAUAAGGGGCGCGGGAAAAGCCUUCUCGAGGGCGGCGCGAAGAAGUCCGCGCAGGAGAAGCGCGAGGAGGAAGUAAGAGGUCUUACGCCCGAGCAGAGGAUGAAGCUCGAUCGGGAACGAAGGGCCCGGGCGGCUGAGGAGAGACUGCGGCGGAUGCAGGCUGGUGGUGGUUAGACAGACGAGACCUACAUGUACUAAGUUUGGGUUA